CGAAGAAAUUACUCCCAAUUACUUUUUACUUCCGGGUUGCGCGGUCUCAGCUUCAUUAUCCAAGCUAAUACGAGCUAGCCGCCUUUUUGUUAGCGUCAUUAGUUUGUGUAAGAAGAAAUAGGAGCCCUUUCGUCGAGAAACUGCAUAACAACUGCUUAGGUUGUUUAACCUCUCGGUGGCCGCGAUGAAUGAACAAUGAUGUUGACGUUGUGAAUAAGCGAUGUGGAUGGAAGACUUCUUGCUAAAAGCUAGCUGCAGUUACAAGUCAUCCCUCAGCAACUCCCUGAAGUGGUGCUACUGUUGUUGUUUCACGCGUAAUCCAUCAUGUCAUUACCAAAGGAGUCAGGGAACCGAGGGAAAGAUCGAGAGAGAGGGGCUCGUCCCAAGGUGAGACAGAGCCGAUCGGAGGAGAGACGAGAUGCAGGCAGUGGGCGGAAGGGUGGAAAGGGGAAGAAAAAAUGCCUCGCUUCCCACGAACCAGCAGUCGAGAGGCCGGUCAGUGACGGCUUUGAGUAUGGUGAGCUGUUGAGUGACCUAGAGAACAGGGACCAGUCUUCCCCCUCGCCUCUGAAGGAGAGUUGGAGAUGGCAGGGUUUGGAAGUAGCUGCCUCAUUACUAGGACAAGAACGGGUAACAGCCAGACCAGGACUGGGAACACUUGGCUCUGCUACAGAGUUAUCUGCACCCAGUGAAGGUGAGGGCAGAAGCUCAAGCGGCAGCCGCACUCUCCGGCAAAAAAUCCAAGAUGCAAUGGGGCAGUGUUUCCCAAUAAAAACACUCACCACAGCAGCACCAGCACCAACUCCCCAGGCUCUUUCAUCAUCGUCAUCUGCUUGUGCCUCCUCAAGGCGCAAAAUCCAUCUCAGUGAGUUGAUGUUGGAUGACUGCCCUUUCCCUGUAGGGUCCGAGCUGGCUCAGAAGUGGUAUCUCAUUAAACAGCACACGGCGCCCAUUAACCAGCCACCCAUGAUUGAUUCUGCAGUAGUGUGCAGUCCCCCAUCUUCAGCCAUGGCCACUGUGGUGGAGGACGUAGACGACAGGUUGCGAGAGCGCAGGCGCAUCAGCAUCGAACAAGGUGUUGAGCCUCCACCCAAUGCGGAGAUCCACACGUUUGAGGUGACGGCCCAAAUUAACCCUCUUUACAAGCACGGCCCUAAACUGGCUCAUGGUAUGAAUGAGUUAUCCGGGGCUGACAGAGCCUCAGUACAUCAGCAACAACAGAUUCUUCUCCAAAGACAGCAGCAGCACCAGCUCCUACUACAGAGCUGUUUGGACACCCUGGAUGAGGUGGUGGCCUCAGCCUCAGCCUCAGCCUCCGCCUCCGCGUCUGCCUCCGCCUCAGCUUCAGCCUCCGUCUCAGCCUCUGUCUCUGCCUCUGCCUCCGUCCUCGCUUGUGAUACUAUUCCCGAUCCUCUGGUUGACCCAGAGGUGACAGCGACCAGCAUGCCCUCUCGGGCUGUACUUCCUCAGACUGAGCAUCAAAACUCUCACGACGGCUACCGCAUUCACACUCAGAUCGAUUACAUUCACUGUUUAGUCCCAGACCUGCUGCAGAUCACCAACCUUCCGUGCUACUGGGGGGUCAUGGACCGCUACGAGGCAGAGACGCUGCUGGAGGGGAAGCCCGAAGGCACUUUCCUCCUGCGUGACUCUGCCCAGGAGGACUACCUCUUCUCUGUGAGCUUCCGCCGCUACGGCCGCUCGCUACACGCGCGCAUUGAACAGUGGAACCACAACUUCAGCUUUGACGUGCACGACCCCAGUGUCUUCCACGCGCCCACUGUUACGGGACUACUAGAACACUACAAGGACCCCAACUCUUGCAUGUUCUUCGAGCCCCUGCUGUCCAAUCCCAUUCACCGCACACAACCGUUUUCUCUGCAACACAUUUGCAGAGCAGCCAUCAGCAGCUGCACCACCUAUGAUGGCAUCAACAUGCUUCCCAUUCCAAAUGCUUUGAAAAAGCACCUGAAAGAAUACCACUAUAAGCAGAGAGUACGUGUACGGAGAAUGGACACCUGGUGGGAAUAAAGGCCAGCAGACAGAUUAUCUAAAAGCCACUAUUAAAUAAAUUUUAAUACAAGUCCCUGGACUGAACCGAACACUCUAUCUGGCUGUAUUAACCUCCACUACACUGUACUUAUUUAUUUAACUCCUGCUGUACAUGUUUUAGCAAUUGUACUAAACUACACUGAGACACUAUGUAAUCUCACUGAUCUUGUACACUCAAAGUUCUCUAUGCUCAAAUUAAACAAACUUAUUUAGA